AUGUCUAACGAAAGUCCAGCAAAGAGAAAGAUAGAAGCUGAAGAAGUAACAUCUGUUCAAUUGAAGAGAACAAAAUCGACUACACAAGAAGAUUUGAAAGAAUCCAUCGUUAAAGAAAUUACCAAUAUUUUCGAAGAUCGAAUUUCUAAAUUGGAGGCAAGAAUCAAGAAAUUGGAAGAUGAAUUGUUAAUUGAUGACGAAGAAUUGAAAGAAGAAGACAAGAAAAUAGAAAAAGAAACACAAGAAGAAACUAAGAAGCCAGAGAGAAAAGUUUUGAAUAAAGAACCUCCACCACUUCCACAAAGAAAAGCAACUUUUGGAUCAAAUUCUUUCAGUUUUUCUCCAGGAAAAAUCACUCCGUUAAAUUCAUUCAAUGACACAACUACCGUACCAAGCAGUCCUAAACCGGUGUUUGGAGCAACAACAUCUUUUGGAGCCAUGGAAAGACCAUCUACAAAGUCAUCGUCACCAGAACAAAAACCAGAAUUUAAAUCACCAUCCGCAUUUGGUACAUCCCCUAGUAGUAUUAAAGAAUCAGCUAGUGUUUCCAACUCAACCACUACUAGCGCCACAUUUGGAUCUACAUUUGGUUCCAACUCUAGGUUUGGUAAUGCGUUCAAAGAUUCUUUGAACAAGAAAUCAUUCCUUGAUAAAGAUGAAGAAGAAAAGAAAGUUGAUACUACUCCUACUAACAACGGUUCUGAAAACAACUCCACACCAAAACCACAAGAAUACAAACAAGUCGACUUAGUACCCGUUGAACAAACUACUGGUGAAGAAGACGAAAUAUCUCAUUUCAAUUGUACUGCAAAAAUAUUCGAAUUGGAUUUAUCAAAAAUGAGCGAAGGUUGGAAAGAGAGAGGUGUUGGACCUUUACACUUGAACCAAUCUAAGGCUGAUCCAAAACAAGUCAGACUAGUAAUGAGAUCUCAAGGUUUGUUACGUGUGGUAUUGAAUUACAAAAUUAAUGCUGAUACAGAGAUUUUGAAAGGGUUAGAAGCAAGUUUAACGCCAGAAAAAUUCCUUCGUUUAAAUUCAAUUAACGCUGAAGGUACCCCAAUACAAAACUUAUUGAAAUUUGGUUCCGGAACUUUGCGUGAUGAGUUGGUUGAAAAGAUCGAAUCAUUGAAACAAUCAAUAAAGGAGUGA